UUUAUUAUUUUGAUGCAAAGAGACUUGACUCCAUAAGAUGUGUUACCCUUGAUAGUAGAAUACUUGAGAUCCAUUGGAUUGAAGAAAUCUGCAAAGCAAAUUGAUUCUUUGUACGAACACGAUGAAACUCCAAUGACGAACAAGGAUUUAUAAAAAAUAAUAAAAUAUUAUGUCGAAGGACAUCCUAAGCUCGCUGCCAAAUUUGUUGCUGAGGCUGAACAUGACGAAUAAGAAGAACAAGAGGAGGAGGAAACUGAUUAACCAAAGGAGGAGGCGAAGAACAACAAGUAAUCUGCAAAGUAAUUGACAGAUAAGAGAACAUUCAUUCAAAUGAACAUACCAAUUACUGAGGAGGUUGAGGAGAAAAAGGAGAAGAAGAGAUUUUUCCAGAAAUGUGAUGAGACAGUGUAUGAGAAAUUGCCUGAUCAUUUGAGAGACAACACUUUUGAGGCCAAAAAGAAGUUUGGAGAGGGGGAUUAAUAUGGGGAGUUUGGAAAUGAGAAGUUGAAGUUCACAAGGGGAGACAACUUUAAGAAAGAGAAGGGAAAAUUAAAGAAUAGAUAAUUUUAAGGUAUGGGUAGCAUUAAUUUGAAUUCAAUAAACUCAAUUAAGUUAUGAAAAUUUAAAAUAUUUAAUAUUUGUUCAUUAUCAUCUUUAAAUUACAUGGUUACAUAA